UUAAUAACUAGCCACUCCCAUUAAAAUGGCGUCCAGUGAGGAAGUGAAAGAAACUAAAGAGAAUUCUUUGUCCUUUAGUAAACCUGAAGGUUAUUGUCUGGUGGUUGAUAACAGUCAGUGCUCCUCCAAGCAGCACUCGAGGUGUCUUCCUAUCAAGAGACUGUGUCACAUUUUAAAGGAACAGUUCCACAUACUCAGUCUCCACCUCACAUCUCUCUCCCUCUCCUCAAUCCAAUUACUACUGAAUACCAUCGGAGCCACUGACCAAUCAGAUUCCUCCGUUCUUAUUGUAAUUAUGAUCACUCCAAAUAAGGAAGGUGUGAUUGAGGGGGCGGACGGUAAAUCAAUAACAACUAAACAAGUGAUGGCCUCACUUUCUGACAGGGAGGCACCGGGUCUGGUCAAUAUACCAAAAAUAUACCUGUUCCAGACCCUGUCCCAGGACCAAACUGAUGAUAAGGUGAAACUGACCUGCUCCCACCCCGUGGGGUCGUCUCAGCCACACCUCUCACACCUCCCGUUGCUAUUGGAUACGAUGAGGUCCUAUUCAGACUCCUCCCUCAAUGGCAGUAUAUUUAUUAAUAAUCAUCAGAUCAGUUUCAGUAACGAAGGGCUCAACCAGGCCUUCAUAGUACCUGAACAAUUCUCCGAACAGUCAGUUCCCCAGUGUCUAUUAUCGGAGCUGCAGUCUCUCCUGAUGGUGUUCCUUCCAAUACGAGAGAAGGUUUUAACAAAGUUUGCCGAGAGUGAGUCCCUCAUUAUAAAGACCUGUCAUGACAUUUACACUAAUAAGCUACUCGGAGGUACAGGUGGUCUAGCGGGUACCAUAUUCACAGUCACUGGUCUGGCCCUUAUACCAGUGACCCUCGGGGUGUCUCUGAUAUUGACCGGUGUGGGGGCGGGGCUUGGAGCAGUGGGUGGAGUCACUGCAGUAGUGUCUACUAUCAAUGAUGCUAUUAAUAAAGGAGAACUGGUGGAGCUCAAGUAUUUAAUGGAACUAGACUAUCAGAUAUCAGUGUGUAUCAAUAAUGUAUGGGAGCGACUGGGCAGCUGUAACAAUGAAGGUCUUUCAGGAGAGUUUUACAAUAAACUGGAUUUAUCAUCAAGUGAAGGUACUAAUGGAGCUUUAGUUAGUUCAAUGGAUCUUGUGGAGCUGAUGGGUAAAGCUUACAAGCAAUUGAACAACAAGGAACUGUCUGCCAUUGUUUGGUUAAAAAGAUAUAUUGAAGAGAGACAAAAAGGGUUUGAACAAAUCAAAGAUAUAUAUAAAUCAAUAAAAUUAUAAUUCAUCAUCAUCAUCAUCAUUGUGUAUUAUAAUUUAGUUUACAGAAUAUGAAUGAAUUGAUUGAA